UCCGGGAGUUAAUGAUUUGAAGAUCAGGGAAUUUGCCCAAUAUGCACUAUGCGAGCAUACGAAGCCCCUUCCUUUGCUUACACUUCCGCGUACAUUUCGGUAGUUGGUGUUAAUGGUCGGACUACAACAGUGCUAAGAAGACACUUCUUGCCGCAAUGCAGAUCACCUUUUGAUUCAUGUCACCAAAGGCUAUGCUUUUGUCUUGUAAGAAAACGUCACCCACCACCCCCGGUCUCGUUUAGCUGGCUGGUCUAAAAGAGAAAUGGGUCUCUGAGAUCAACAUAGUCCAAAUUAAUUGUGCAGUUUGAUGAAUCUGACAAUAACAGGCCCAUGUCUUUUCACAUGUGAACAUAUAAGUGUUCCAAAGAAACACCAUGAUCCAGAAAGGUCUUCAAGGUGCCAGAGUCAAAAUUGCCACAGGACUGCUUACUGGGCUGUUUUACCUGGAAUGGACCUGCUUCCAUAGGAAUGGCGAGAUUUAGACGGAAGUCCUGCAUCACUGGAGCUGCCCUGUGCUUUCUCAUAUUUGUCAUAACUAUCAUUCUGAAAAGCCUGACCCCAGAUGACAAUAGCUCAGCAGAUGCCUUUCUGCAUGGAGUCUUGCUGCAGAAAAGGCAGGAAGACGGCCAUCUGCAAGCCCACAGUGAUGCAGAGACUCACAGCAGAGCAGCAGGUGUUGUGAGCAGAAAAACUCCAGAGGAAAGGCUCAAUAGCGAAGCUCAAGAUUUUCCUCCUCCAAACUACAGCAUGCAUAUUUUCUACUACAUAUGGUAUGGAAACCCUCAGUUCGAUGGAAAGUACAUUCAUUGGGAUCACCCUCUCCUACCACACUGGGACCCAAAAGUGGCAGCAGGCUACCCAACAGGAAGACAUCAGCCUCCAGAUGACAUUGGAGCCAAUUUCUACCCCGCCAUGGGUGCAUACAGCUCUAGAGAUCCCUCUGUCAUCGAGGCACACAUGCAGCAGAUACGAGCUGCCGCUGUCGGUGUUCUUGCAGUGUCCUGGUACCCACCCGGUAUGAAGGAUGAUAAUGGUGAACCAACUGAAGACAUCAUGCCUUUGAUCUUGGAUGUAGCUGAUAAGUACCAAGUGAAGGUAGUUUUUCAUAUUGAACCAUACAAAGGACGAGAUGAAAGAAGUAUGCUUGAAAAUAUCAAGUAUAUUGUAGACAAAUAUGGAGACCAUCCCGCUUUUUUCAAGUACAGAUCAAACACUGGGAAGCUCCUUCCCUUGUAUUAUAUAUAUGACUCAUAUUUGCAAAGUCCUGACAGCUGGGCACAAAUGCUUAAGAGAACUGGUGAGAGAAGCAUCAGAAACACCCUAUACGAUGGUGUCUUCAUCGCUCUGCUUGUGGAGGAGAAGCACAUGCAGGACAUAUUGGCUGCUGGCUUUGAUGGCAUUUACACUUACUUUGCAACUAAUGGCUUCUCCUAUGGCUCCACACACCGUAACUGGAAGUCCAUUAAGGCUUUCUGCAAUGGAAACAAUUUGAUUUUCAUACCUAGCGUAGGCCCUGGCUACAUUGACACUAGCAUUAGGCCUUGGAACACACAGAAUACGCGGAACCGUAUCAACGGGAGAUACUACGAGACUUCUCUGAGAGCAGCGCUGGACACAAGGCCAGAUGUAAUCUCCAUAACCUCAUUUAACGAAUGGCACGAGGGUACUCAGAUCGAGACAGCUGUCCCUAAAACGGGAAGGCAGACCGCCUACUUGGACUACCUACCUCAUAAAUCUACUGUGUAUUUAGAGAUUACAAAAAGAUGGGCAAAGAAUUUCAGAGAAGAGCAACUGAAAUGGCUCCAGUGAGUGCAUAGAUAGAUUACCAUUGAGUGAUCUCAGGCAUUUGGUGAAUGUUAUGAGUGAUUGAUUUUCUUUCUUGUCCCAUGUGCAUUACACUGAUACUGUCAUGAAUGUGUAUGUGAUCUAAUUAUGACCGGUUGGGCCAAACAUUUACAUCUUGUAUACAGAAUUAUGUGCUUUGGGGGGUAUUAAGAUCUUGUAGUGACUGCUUCUUUGCAUUAGGGUUAAUGUUGAAAUGCCAGGUGCAAUUAUAACACUUAAUACUCUGUCCUUCAAAAUUUAUGUAUAUAGUCAAAGACAGUGACUGAGUCAACUGUGUCCAGAAAUAUAUGCAAGUAGACCUAUUCUAAAGUCUAGAAUUAGAUCCACAAAUCAUUAAUUUUUUAAUUGUGUAAUUAAAUGCAAGAUCACCUAAACGUUUGAGAUAA